ACCAAAAGCUAGCGUACGUAUAACAUAUCAUAUCGCAUCCCAUUGAAGAGCAAACACAUAUAGGCCGGAGCAUCUACCAGCAAUGGCUUCUGCUUCCAUGUUUGCAGUUGUUGCUCUCCUCAUUGGAGCACUAAUUGCUUCUGUUCCUACGAGCGUGCAAUCCAUCGGGGUGUGCUACGGCGUGAUCGGCAACAACCUCCCGUCCCGGGGCGACGUGGUGAAUCUCUACAGGUCCAAGGGCAUCAACUCCAUGCGGAUCUACUUCGCCGACGCGCAAGCCCUCUCGGCGCUCCGCAACUCCGGCAUCGCGCUCAUCCUCGACAUCGGCAACGACAACCUCGCGGGCAUCGCCUCCAGCGCCUCCAACGCGGCCACCUGGGUCAACAACAACGUCAAGCCCUACUACCCGGCGGUCAACAUCAAGUACAUCGCCGCGGGCAACGAGAUCCUCGGCGGCGCCACCGGCAGCAUCGUCCCCGCCAUGCGCAACCUCAACGCCGCCCUGGCAUCGGCCGGGCUCGGCGACAGAAUCAAGGUGUCCACGUCGAUACGGUUCGACGCCGUGGCCGACUCCUUCCCUCCCUCCAAGGGCGUGUUCAAGGACGCCUACAUGUCCGACGUGGCGCGCCUGCUGGCGUCCACGGGGGCGCCGCUACUAGCCAACGUGUACCCCUACUUCGCCUACAGGGAUUCCCCGUCAGCCAUCCAGCUCAACUACGCCACGUUCCAGCCCGGGACGCAGGUGAGGGACGACGGCAACGGGCUGGUCUACACGAACCUCUUCGACGCCAUGGUGGACGCCGUGCACGCCGCAAUGGAGAAGGCCGGGGCGGGGGGAGUGAAGGUGGUGGUGUCCGAGAGCGGCUGGCCGUCCGAUGGGGGAUUCGCGGCGAAUGCCGACAACGCGAGAGCUUACAACCAGGGCUUGAUUGACCAUGUUGGCAAGGGGACGCCGAAGAAGCCCGGGCCAUUGGAGGCGUACAUCUUUGCCAUGUUCAACGAGAACCAGAAGGAUGGGAAUGCCGUGGAGAGGAACUUUGGGCUGUUCAAGCCGGACAAGUCGCCGGCCUACGACAUCCGGUUCUAGCUAGACGGCUUGUGGCUACGUGCGUCGCACAUAAAUAUACGUACGUGUUAGUAAGGAUCGAUCGAUAUCGCUACCUAAAUAAGCUGUGGGUACAAUCAUAGCGUGUGUACAUGCUCAUCGAUGUCCAUGGAAGUAAUUAAGUGCAUCCGUGGACUUUUUGUGAGUUGAUACAUCAACAUGAAUAAACAGAGUUACAUACUCCGUAUGAAA